CGAGAUUCGUGCCACGAGGUGCAACGUCUUCAGCGCUCGCGCAUCUCAGCCCCUCAACCGCCAGUCCCUACCAGGUUCCAGCUUCUCCUCUGCCUGACGCCUCCUAGAACUAGACAUGGCUAACACACCAGGUUAUUACGACCAGCAGCAGCAGCAGUAUCAGCCGGAGGACUACCGCCAAGAGAACCUGGAGCCAGAUCCCGAGCAUCACUUAGCAUACGGCUGGUACGAACCCUAUAUCCCCCCGCCCGAAGUGGCACCCAUUCUUGGAGGCUCUAAAGAAGGCAGUGACAUGGAGGAAGAAAGUGCAACAGAAUCAUCUCGAAAAGGCGGUGGUGGCGGAAGCAACGUGUUGGUUGUUCCUCAGGCGCCGCCACCUCCUCCGCCACCCGUCGUACCGGAACCACCCAUUACAAGGAAGGCGACUCGGAGGCCAAUACCUCCGCCGACGACGACAACGCCAACAACGCCAACAACUCCAACAACUCCAACAACUCCAUCAACGACGACUACGCCACCCCCUCCUCUGCUGUGCUCGGUUGGGACGCAGACGGCGAUUUCCAAGCUCUUCCCACCGGACAACUCAUGCGACAUCGUCAUAUACACGCACGUGCGCGUCUUCGAGAGAGUUGUGGGCGGGUCCGUCAAUGAAAUCAGCUACCAGGCCUUCAGGAACGCCUGCAGGACUUACGUUGACACCUCGUGCGGUUUGUCCUUCGACAGCCGGUACCUCGAAAAGGACAUGUUUCAUGCCGUGGAAGUUGUUGAUGACCUGGACGCGUUGAAGCAGCGGCACCGGGUCAACCACUACGGCAUCCUGAACAUUAUCGAAGAUCCCGAACGUGUCGAAAAGCUCGCAACCAUGACCGCGCCUGAUACACUCAAGGAAAUGCGGAGGCUGCUGGGUUUAGAGAGAGAACGCCACAAGGUCUUCGUGGGCGUUGGCUCCUACUUCUACGAUCACAAAAAUGCGUGGUCGAACCUGGAGUACACUGCGCAAAACCUCGCAUUGCUUGAUGUGGACAUCGUGGUGAUACUGGCCACAAUUGUGACGAUGCCGAGCAACCUACGAUGCAUCGCGCUGCCUGUCAACGCUUUCAAGAGCCGGAACUUGAGUACACCCACUCUGGACCGCGAGCCUUCGACAACGCUCGCCAGCAUUCUGCCGUACCUACGCGAAUCGUCCGAGUGGACGCGCAUCCAUGAAGCUGCCCGCCAUUCCCAGAAAUUGCGUCAGAUCGCCCAUUCUUUUACUAUACGGUCGACCAAUGGCAACAACAAUCUCGACGUGACCAAUACCACCCGCAUUUUCACUUACUUCCGAUCCCUUGUACGGAUUUGGUUCGGAGCUGUUCUGUUCCUGCUGGCCUCUCACCCAAGCUUGUCUCCAAAUAUCACAAGCCCUACGGUGUUGUAG